AUGUUUAAGGCCGAUCCUGCCCUCAACCACAGCGCCGCUCAUCUUUUAGCCGCCAGCGUUUGUCAACUUUUUCCCGGCGUCAAACUCGGUUUUGGACCGGCCAUCAAAGAAGGAUUUUACUACGACUUUCUCUUUCCCGCUCCGAUCACCCCGCUUGAUCUAGCUCGGAUCGAAAAACGGAUGCACCGCUUAGCCAAGCAAAACUACCGUUACCAGUUGGUGGAUCCGAUCAAUUUAGCGGGCCAGCCCUUUAAAAAUGAACAGCUAAACGAACUGAUCUUGACCAACCAAACGAUCACUUACUACGGCAUGGUUGAUCCGCAGAGUAAAGCGAGCGUUUUCAGCGAUCUUUGCAAAGGAAACCACGUGGCGAGUUCGAGUCAAAUCGCCCAUUUCAAACUGCUUUCACUCGCGGGUGCUUACUGACGGGGUGACUCUUCGCGUCCCCAACUAACGCGCAUCUACGGAACGGCCUGGCCAACCAAGGAAAAACUGAGCGAGUACUUAGCGCUGGUGGCAGAACGUCAGGAGCGCGACCACCGUAAAAUCGGACGUGAAUUAGAAAUUUUUACUUUUGAUCCGCAAGUCGGUCAAGGUUUGCCGAUUUGAUUACCCCACGGGAUGGCGGUUAAAAAUGCGCUCCAAAGUUACUUUCGACAAGUUGAAAAAAGUUUUGGUUUUCAAGAGGUAUCAACCCCCAGCCUUGGUCAAGAUUCGCUUUACCAAACUUCGGGCCACCUCGCCCACUACCAGCAGGACAUGUUUCCGCUUUUAGCAGUUGACCACGAAAGAUUUGUUUUACGUCCGAUGGCUUGCCCGCACCACGUUUUAAUUUACCAACUUAAACUUCGUUCUUACCGCGAUUUACCGCUCCGUCUCAGCGAACACGCCCAGCUUUACCGCUACGAAAAAUCGGGUGCUUUAACCGGUUUAGAAAGAGUGAGGUCGAUGGAGUUAACUGACGCGCACAUCUUUGCCAGGCCCGACCAAAUCCUAGCCGAGUUUGAAAACGCUUACCGCAUGAUUGAAAAAGUGCUCGCUCGCCUGGCGAUCAAAAUUGCCUACGUGUCGCUCUCGCUCCACGAUCCGGGCGACCAGCUCAAGUACUACCCCGACCAAGCGAUGUGAAAAAAGGCCGAGUCCGAACUCGCCAAAGCGCUUGACAAACUGAAAGUUCCCUACCAGAAAAAAAUCGGUGAAGCGGCCUUUUACGGACCAAAAGUUGAUAUUCAAGUUGAAAGCGCGCUCGGUCACGAAAUCACCCUUUCAACUUUGCAACUCGACUUUCUUUUGCCGGAAAAAUUUGGUUUGUUUUUUAUCGACUCGGCGGGUAAAAAACAAAAACCGGUCAUUAUCCACCGCGGUUUAGUCGGUACUUACGAACGUUUGAUUGCGAUUUUGCUCGAACAGACCAAAGGCAACUUACCUUUUUGAUUAGCGCCGCGUCAAGUUAGCGUUAUCCCAGUUGAUCCCCAAAAACACCUUGCUUACGCCGAAAAAAUCACUCAGCGUCUAACCAAUCUUGGAUUCCGGGUCGAACUUGACGCGCGCGACGAAAGACUCACCAAGCGCAUUCGCAGCGCCCAAAUCGGCAAAAGUAAACUCCAAAUUAUCGUGGGUGACCAAGAAGUUAGCCGUCAAGACUUCGCUCGAAGAAUUGAUUAA